AGCAGUGAACAUCCUGACGUGCUCUUCGCCACCGAAGCAUCUGUGACAUCCGAGGACCAGCUGACGCCAGUGGAAAGGUAGAUAAGGGCAAUCAACCAGGGAGCAGCAAAACCGACCUCGCAUCACGCCAUUGUGCUUCCAGAGAUGAAGCUGUCGCUAGUUGUUGUCGUAUCCGUUGUAGCCACCCUUACACUCGGGGCACCGAUACAUGCCCUCGCCCGUACUGAACUGAGGCGUAGCAAGGCAAAGGAGGACUGGUACAUGACGGUAUGCGGCUGGGCGUACGAGGAGAAGCGCCGGUCUGAGGAUUGUCCACCCCCUCCAGGUGCGGCAUAGUCCGUGCUGUGAUCGUCCAUUCGCCAGGGAAAUUGCUGAGCGAAACAGUAUGUCUGUUUGGCAGACGAUUGGAGAAUUGGAGCUUGAUCUUUGUAUACAUACCUGUCGAAGUUAUCGCUUGAGCCCCGCGCAGACCGUCCGAUUCACCAUCGUACCACAUAGUCGCGCCGCCGCCUGUCAGUAUCGAUCAUCAACUCAAGAUGUACAGCUGGCUUACCUAAAGCCUUUGCAAGAGAGGGGCAGGGUGCUGAUAUGGCGUAUCUUUCCCGUCGUUCCCGUCUCUAGAACGUCUUGCGCAGAGAGAACGCUGUUACCAAUUGCGAAAGUUGGCCU